UAUAAAUAAUUGUGAACGCUAUUUUCUGCUCAAAAUCUCUCUCCUCAAAAUCUCUCUCUGUUCUCUCUCUCUCUGUCUCUCUCUCUCUCUUUCAUUUCGCGGCAAAGACAAGCGCUUGUUGACAGACACUACCUUCAUUUUCCUCACUUCAGGUGCAAUCCAGAACUCUGUUCGUUUUUGGAAGCAGUUAUUUUCUCCAUUGGAUAAUCGGAUAGCUUCUAAUUUCUCGUUUUCUCAACAAUUUUUAUUUAUUUAUUUUGGAACUGCAGAUUUAUCAAUCAUCAUAGAAGAUUUGCAUUUGGAGUUUUCCCCUCGGAUUAUUUCCAGAUCUCUGCUCACCUUUUGCGGCGUUUUACUUUGCAAAAAAUCAUUAAAAAGUUUGCUACUCUUUCAUCUACACUCCGCUUAACUUCUCUCUCCUUGCUGCCUUGUGUUUGCUUUGGUUGUUUUCUCUCUAAAUUAGCAAGGAAACUCCUACCGUGUUUUUUGUUUUCCGUGGAAAAUCUGAAUCGAAUUAGGUCGAAUGUAUCGCUGCGGUUGGUCAUUUUGGUUUUGUAUUGUAACGUUACUACUAUUAUCGAUCAAUUUUGGAGAAUUUGCCAAUGCUGAUUGGGCAACUUGCUCCGGAAUCGUUCCGAUGAGUUACCGGAACGAUAAGAUUUCGAUAACGGACUUUGGAGGUGUGGGCGAUGGGAAGACGUUGAACACGAAAGCAUUUAGAGAAGCAAUUUACAGAAUUGAGCAUUUGAGAAGGAGAGGAGGCUCUCUGCUUUACAUUCCUCCCGGCGAAUUUUUAACUGGACCGUUUAAUCUCACUAGCCGUAUGACUCUUUUCUUGGCUAGAGGCGCCGUGAUCAAAGCCACUACGGAUGUUGGCCAGUGGCCCUUGGUGGCGCCGUUGCCCUCUUAUGGAAGAGGAAGAGAACGGCCCGGAGGAAGGUACAUGAGCUUCAUCCUUGGCAACGGUCUACAUGAUGUGAUAAUCACGGGGGAAAAUGGAACAAUCGAUGGCCAAGGCAGCGUCUGGUGGGACAUGUGGAGGCAAAGAACUCUCGGGUUUACUCGUCCAAACCUUAUCGAGUUCAUGAACUCAAGAGGCAUUAUCAUUUCCAAUGUCAUUUUCAAGAACUCACCCUUUUGGAACAUUCACCCAGUUUACUGCAGUCAUGUUGUGAUUCGAUAUGUAACGAUUCUUGCACCUGCUGACUCUCCCAACACUGAUGGAAUCGAUCCAGACUCGAGCUCGAACAUAUGUAUCGAGGACUCCUUCAUCUCAACCGGGGACGACCUAGUGGCCGUGAAGAGUGGGUGGGACGAAUACGGGAUAGCAUUUGGUCGACCCAGCCACAGCAUCACCAUCAGAAGAGUAACUGGCUCCUCCCCAUUCGCUGGAAUCGCAGUUGGGAGUGAAACCUCGGGCGGCGUGGUGGGCGUCCUAGCUGAGCACAUAACUCUCUACAACAUGGGCAUUGGCAUACAUCUGAAGACCAACAUCGGCAGGGGAGGGGUCGUGAGGAACAUAACUGUGUCGAACGUCUACAUGGAGAACGCCCGGACGGGGAUCAAGAUAUCGGGCGACGUGGGGGACCACCCGGACGAGUACUACAACCGGAACGCCCUCCCGGUUCUCAAGGAUGUGGUGAUCAAGAACGUUUGGGGUGAAAGAGUGCAGCAACCCGGUCUCAUCCGCGGCCUUUGGAAUGCACCAUUCACUGCUAUUUGCCUCUCCAACAUCCAUCUUGGUGGCGCGCGGCCGUGGCAGUGCUCUCAUGUGGUCGGAGCCGCCGUUCAAGUUAGCCCCUCGCCGUGUGCUCAGCUCACCUCCCGCCCGCAGAUAGGUGCGUGCUCCUCUUCCUUCUAAAAUCUGUCUGAUUUGUUGUCAUUUUAUAUGUAAGAAUACUUUAAAUUUUAUUGUGUCAUAGCAAUUGUUAUUUUUCUUGA